UCAAGUGCGCGUUUGGAGAGAUGACGACCGGCCAUGACGCGCUGCUGCCUCCAUAGAAAGUAGAUUUUUUUAUUCAGUAGGCAGAAAUAGCUAUUUUUCUUUCUCGAAUUUCGUACAACUCUACGAAACCACUAUCUAUAAUAAUCUCCUGUGCAGCUCUUAACCGGUUUUCUAGGUUUGUCUAGGAUGGGUUGCGCUAUCUCUGGUUUGGGUUUGGCGCCCAAGAAGCCGGUGGAAGAAGACGAAGCGCCGCAUCUCACCGGCGAGCACAUCGACCUGAUUAAGGAGUCGUGGAAAGUUAUCCAGGAGGAUAUCGCCAAAGUUGGGAUAAUCGUGUUUGUCAGGUUGUUUGAGACUCAUCCAGAGUGCAAGGAUGUCUUCUUUCUGUUCCGUGAUGUAGAGGACCUGGAAAGACUACGCACCAGCAAGGAGCUACGUGCCCAUGGUCUCCGAGUGAUGUCUUUCAUCGAGAAGAGUGUGGCCAGGCUCGAUCAGUUAGAGCGGUUGGACUCACUGGCUGUUGAGCUUGGGAGAAGUCACUAUCGCUACUUCGCACCUCCUAAAUACUACGGGUAUGUGGGAACAGAGUUCAUCUCUGCAGUCCAGCCAAUUCUGAAAGACAAAUGGACCCCUGAACUGGAGAAAGCAUGGAAGACCCUGUUCCAGUACGUGACCCGGCUGAUGCGUCAGGGCUACACAGAGGCAGAAGAGGAAGCCAAGCGAAGCAACACAGUCAGUUCAAGCAGAGAGCGGCCUGACAAGAGGAACACAGCACUUUAAAGCUUCAGCUUCACAUUCAUGGCACGCAUUCAUGUGUAUAUAAUGUAUUUUAUUGAUUUUACAUUGCAUAACAUUUCUUUGUAAGAAAGUUAGUGGCUAUAUUCGUUAAACUCAUCAAAAAGGCCCUGCUGAAAGAAAUCAUGCUGAGACGAGUAGUACACAGAAAAGGCCUCAGCCAGUGCUGGACUAUGAUGUUUAGUUUAUUUCAUACUUAUAAUAAGUUAACAGCUCAUCUACACAUUGUGCUAGUUUCUCAUUGCACUGUUUGGGCUGGCAAAUGAAGCAACUAUAAACCAAAAAAUCUUGGAUUUGUACCAAAACACAAGCAAAGGAGAAUAGUGUGUCAAAGGUACAAACAUUAUUUAAUUUGUCCCAAUUAUAAAGCACUCAUAAUAAACAAAAGUAUCUCCUAAAAUAAAAACAAAUAUUCUUCUAAAGACAAAAAA